UUUCACAGCGGACUAGACUGGCCCUUCGUGUACGAAUUGGAAUGCGAUUUGAUUUAAUGAAUUAUGUGUCAUAUGGAACAAUUGAGUUCUGUCUUCUGAGAGAAGAAGACACAUUAUGAGGGCGACGUAUCUGGAACGUGGGUGGUUUACUAGUGUAGCAUUAAAUCGUUAUUCGGUGUAGCUGUCACCAUGGCAACCAGCGCCGUUCCCAGCGACAACCUGCCCACGUAUAAGCUAGUGGUGGUGGGCGACGGGGGAGUGGGGAAGAGCGCGCUCACCAUCCAGUUCUUCCAGAAGAUCUUCGUGCCCGACUACGACCCCACCAUCGAGGACUCCUACCUGAAGCACACGGAGAUCGACGGCCAGUGGGCCAUCCUCGACGUGUUGGACACAGCAGGGCAGGAAGAGUUCAGUGCAAUGCGGGAGCAGUACAUGAGAACGGGCGAUGGCUUCCUCAUCGUCUUCUCUGUGACGGACAAGGCCAGCUUUGAGCACGUGGACCGCUUCCAUCAGCUCAUCCUCAGAGUGAAGGACCGAGAGUCUUUUCCCAUGGUUCUGGUGGCUAACAAGGUGGACUUGGUUCACCUGCGGAAGGUGGCCAGUGAACAGGGGAGAGAGAUGGCUGCCAAGCACAGUAUUGCUUACAUUGAAACAAGUGCCAAGGAUCCUCCAAUGAAUGUGGACAAAGCAUUUCAUGAGCUGGUCCGAGUGAUCAGGCAACAGAUCCCAGAAAAAAGCCAGAAGAAUAAGAAGAAGAAAGCCAAGUGGCGCGGAGACCGUACCGCCAACUCGCACAAGCUUCACUGCGUUAUCUUGUGAAGGGCUUCCCACCGCGCUGCCUGUUCUAAAAGCCCUGGCACCUUGCACUCGACCCGCUGGGAGAGCCAGAUCUUUGGGGAAAACAAAAAACAAGACUUUUGACUGUUCAGACUCUGCAGAACGCCCAAAAAAAGCGUUCUUCUUUGGUUCUGUGGGGACCACGCCCUUCCUGGCCAAAAGUUACCACCUCCCUCCUGACUGCAGGGACUUUUUAUGAAGGGAUGAAAGUAAACUAAUGUUCAGUACUGUACUGUAGGGUUUACAGACUGAGGUGUUACUGGAGUUGAAUCAUUUCAUAUUACCGUGUCCCCCUCCCCCCAAAUUCUUUGGUUCAUGUUUUGUAGCGUGCUUGUGAAUGUAUUGUUGCCCUUGAAGUAUUGUGAAACAGAAAUGGCUGUGGGAAGUUGGGACUUAGAUUUUUUUUCCCCCGGCUAAGAAGGGAAGUUCUCUUGGUCCACAGGAGAGUGGGAGAGAAAGAAAGUGAGAGAGAGAGAAGGAAAAAGGAGAGAGACAUGGCUGUUUGCAUUAGGAUCAGCUGUCCUGCCAGCGAACAUAAGUGAUAGUAAAGUGGGUAAAAGCUGGGAUGUCUAAAUGAAUUCCAGCUGGUGAGGGCUGGGGUUGAGGGGGGCAGAGGGAAGGGGGUGCUGGGGACUGCAGACAUUGUGUCAAAGGCUGGAAGGUGUCCAAAGACCAGCCCGUAAGUUACACAAAGAAAAAAGAAAAAACGCUCACAUUUCCAACAAGACUUCCCUUUUUAUACUGGCAUGUUUGAGAUCACUCCACCCUUUUUUUUUUUUUUUUAUGUUUGGGCCAAACUGGGGUGCCUGCCAAGCUGGUCUAUAAAUGACUCUUUGAAGGAUAUCCAUUUGCACUUUUAAUAGAUUUCUCUCGUCGUAUUUGCAUGUGUUUCGAGGAUAGCGGGAGUAUUCAUUUGAGGGAGUGUCGGCCAGUCGGAGGUUACAUGGCGGAAUGCGAAGCCUGUAUUCAUUCUGUGUGUCACGUCGUCCUGCCUUCCUGUCACUUGCGUGUGGUUCUCUGGUGACGCGAAACUGUUUCUGCACGACGGUCUUUCCGCCUGUCGACAAAGAAAAAAAAUUAAGUAACAGGUUAUGGUUGAUGUGGAGGCACGCUUACACAAAAAUGGUUUGAUGCUGAAGAGGGGGUGUCAGUACUGUGUUAUACUAUGUGUGUGUGUCCGUCCGUCUCAGAGGUGAUAUCAACCGCUGAAGUUGAGUGGUCUUUCUUGUAUUGGUAAAUGAUUUUGAUCGGUUACUUUUUUUGUUACUUACUAAUUUAUUACUGUUACCUAACUUUUGUACUGUGCACAUUGUUUAGUUAGCAGCAUUGCAGCUUGUGAGACUGAAGGAAUUCCAUUUUUCUUAAUCCCAACUGCAAUGGUAAAGAUUUGUAAACAGAAUAAAAAGAUAUUGUUAUGGAAAA